CAAAGUGUCGUUCAGAGAUAGUAGAGAUAGUAGAGAUAGUAGUAACACUAGUGACGUUCAGCCUCUCAGGGAAACUAAAUGCUGUUCAGCUCUGCGUGUUGAUGUCUGUUGAUAUCUACUUGAGUAACAGAUGUAAACAUUAAACUCUCCAGCUGUUAGACAGAGUUAUAUGAAGGUUACUUUAGCUAGACUGUAAACUAACAAUAUGACAUUGACAGUUUGUUUUAAUCUCUUAAGAAACAGUCGCUUCUGUUUUCUUUCUGCACAUCUGACAAGAAACUUCCACAGACCAGCUGGACAUCCUGUGAAGAAGAAGAUCAGCUGUCUCAGAACAACAAACUCCUUCAGAGACACACCAGCUGUUUCAUUCUGCAGCAAUGGGAGGAGGACAGCAUGUCUCCAGAUUAAACCCUGUCCUCUUCCUGUCCUCCUGUCUCAGUGUGGACACCAUGGUGGACAGCUCUUCCACACCUCAGCUCCUGUGAGAGCUCUUCCUGCUGCUCCUCUCCUCUGGCUGCUGCUCAAACCUCUGCAGAAGCUCAUGGCUAUGGUGCUGGGCAGGAGUAUUAGGAAGUGGUGGGUGGCUCUCCCAGACAACCGGCGGCAGCUCAUGCGCGAAUGGGUCCGGCAGCGCCGCUGGCAUCUGGCUGCGGGGGCAGGCGUUGCUAUGGUGAUCGUAGCCCUCCUUCUCCUGACCCACCUGGAUGAGUCCCCAGUGACGGGACGGACCCGCCUCCUGGUGUUCAGCAGAGAGAACUACAUGGAGCUGGCAGCCGUGACUUCAGAUGCGUACAUGGAGCAGUUUGCAGAGAUGCUGGUUCCAGUCACUGACCCCCGUCACCAGGUGGUGGAGCAGGAGGUGGAGCGUCUGGCGCAAAGAAACAAGGACAUCCCUGAAGUGUCUGAAGUCACCUGGAGCAUCCACGUGGUGCAAAAUCCUGAAAUCAAUGCCUUUGUCCUACCGAACGGGAAAGUGUUUGUUUUUACGGGGAUGCUGGACGUUGUGGCGGACGUUCACCAGCUCACCAUCAUCCUGGGACACGAGAUGGCUCAUGCUGUAUUGGGACACUCUGCAGAACAGGCCAGUCUGUCUCACGUCGUGGACCUCCUGUCCCUUAUUCUGCUGACAGCCAUCUGGGCCGUGUGUCCUCGGGACAGCCUGGCUCUGCUGGGACAGUGGGUACAGAACAAGCUUUCCCAGUUGAUGUUCAGCCGUCCCUUCAGCAGGAAACUGGAGGCUGAGGCCGAUCAAGUCGGGUUGCAGUUGGCUGCGAAGGCGUGUGCAGAUGUGCGAGCAGGACCCGUUUUCUGGAAGCAAAUGGAAAUCAGAGACCAGCUGACAGGAGAGCCUACCUUCCCCGAGUGGCUGUCCACACACCCGUCGCACAGGAACAGAUUCACUCAGCUGGACCGCCUCAUACCACAGGCUCUGGAGCUGAGGGAGAGCUGCGCCUGCCCUGCUCUACCUGCUACUGACCCUCGGGCCGUCUUCUCCAAGAGCGUCCGUGUGUUGCUGGAAACCACCAAGCACCAGGAGAGACACGGGCCAGGAGGGGCACGCAAGCCUCACAGUCCGGUCUCACUCCACACAGGACUGCCUGCAGCUCUGCUGGCCCAAACUGCCCUUCUUCCUUCCACAAAUGUGGAUCGAGGAAUUAAAGGCCCAGUCGUAGCUUCAGAGGUAGCUGUAGCAGCCCCUGGUGAGGGGGGAGGAUUCCAGCCUGAGGUACAGAGCACCAGCUGACAGGGCUUUUAAAUCCUCACAAACUUUUAGUUUUUCACUGACUACCUUUUUGAAUGAUUGAUUGAUUGAUUGAUUGGUCAGCUAGCAUAUUCAUCGAACUAUUUACCGCAGCUAAAAGUCUGUUUUUAUCGUCUAUUAAAUUUCAGAGACCCUGGGUGCACAGGUGGUAAAGGGGUCAAGUGUGUCUAGACUACAAGCCUCAUGUCAGCGCCACACUCGUGUCACGACAGCGUUGACACGACACUUAAGCGACCGGUUCUGUCUUGUCCGCGAAUUUCAAAGCGUCGAGCGAGCAGCAAAAGAGCAGCCAAACUUUCCGCACAGUUUUCCUGUGGUACGUGUGAGUAUUCCUGAUCUAUUUUUCCAUCAACAAUGAUGCAUAUGAUUCAUUCGCAACAGGUGACGGCUUUCUCUGAGCCCGAGCGAGGCCUGCACUAGUUAUUUUGACCGCUAGAUGACGAUCUCACAUUAAACAAUGCAUAUUCUCCCGCAGCUUUUAAAAACUUUAAAAAAAACUUUAUUUGUCUACCACUUUUCAAAACGGAAUCAAUAAACAAAUAGCAAUAAGUGAGAAAACAUGUAAGAACGAGGUCAGAUAAUGACAAAAUAUAAAUAUUAUGACAACAGUUUAAUAAUUAAAAGGAUAAAAUAAUGAUAAAAACCCUGAAAUAUGUACUGAAUAGUAGUGAAGUAGUCGUGUUUACUGGCCCAUCGACCUCGCGUUUAUGUGUGUAUUAUAAAAAACUCGACUUCAUGCCUUAAUAAAUGCUUCAGGUCGCGGUUAGGCCCGUAAGACGCUGCUGAGAGGAGUCUGAGUUGUGGUGGGGCUGGUCAUUUGUUGGCGUUAGAGGACUCCAUUUUUAACCAAACAUUAGCUAUCGUUGCAGACUGUUAGCCCUGUAAGGAGAGCUGAAAUUAAAGGCACUUGCGAGCGUGCAUGACAUCACAUCCGUUGGAUUUUCCCGGAAGAAAUGGCCCGGGUCUUUCACAAUAAAAGCAGUCUACAGGCUGAUAGAGGAAACCCAGAAAGUCGCGGAAUGUCGUAUUUUUUGUGUAAAAACUUGCAUACAGUCCCUUUAACAUGAGAGCUUAUCUGUUGCGUCAGAUGCGCGAGUGAAAAACGUGGCUGAUGCGUGUGUGAUACGCUUGCGGUCUAGACAAAGGGUUAGUCCUUUUCUUGACACUAUAGACUCCUUAUAGUGGGGAGGGUGGAGCUGGGGGCGGUACUGUGAAAAAAAAAAGUGGAGAAAAUUGGUGGAAAAAGUCAGCAAAAUAAUGUAAUAGAAAAAGAAAAGAAAAAAAUCAAGGCCCCUCCUAACCUUUCCCUCUCCUGCAGCCCCCUGCUGACUGGGCUUCAGAGAAUGUUAUUCAUGCCUAGUGACUACAAAGAUGCCAUAUUAAUUAGAUAACCUCGAACGAGGAAACGCUGAAUGGAUCUUAGUAAAGCCUCCAUACAUUGCCAGAUUAAUAUGUGCAUUAUUCAUCGACACACGGCAACAGACGAGAGUAAGCACUUUGUGUGUGCAUGUCGGUGGCUUCGUCCGUGGCGGGCAGAGGACAUCUACAUUCUAAUUAUGACUACUGCAUUCUCAUGCCACACACACACACACAGCACUUUAUGCUAUUCUCCACCCUCAGGGACUUAAUGGUGUAAAUUUAUGCCGGGUUGUUUGCAGGUUUUAAAACACAGACUCCUGCACAGGAAUGCCAAUAUCCACCGUCAAGCUUUGAGAAAUCUUUCAUGGGGUUUUGUAAAAUCUUAUUUAACAAGGCAAGUUGACUGAGAAAAACAUUCUUACAACAACAGCCUGCGGGAGAAGUCGCACAAUGAGGAGGGGAGAGCAGUUAUGGUUCAUAUCUUGGUAAAACUGUGAAAUCAAAAAAGUACUACUGUGUUUUCAUAUGGGAUAAAUUAUUUUAUUUGUGUAAUGCAUUUUAGGGUUUAGAGUUUAGGGAUUGUAUCACUUACAAAACACCAGACAGCAGUUCUUCCAGGUGCUGUGGAAGCUUUGUUUUACUGGGAGCAGGGUAGGUCUGUAUUAGAGUCUGUUAGAAUAAGUGGCCAGUGAUGGAGUUUGAGCAAAAAUGUGCAAUGAAAAAGCCAAGGGAAUAUUGGUGUUUGCAUAUCAAUAUCUCAGCAGCUACGUGCUCUGUUUGCAAGUGGCAAGCAAAUAAAUAUAAAAACUUUAGAGGAAA